AUGCGGGGCCCGGCGCUGCCGCUCGUCCGCCGCGCCGGGGUCGCGCUGGGGCCGGGCCGGGCGGCCGGGCGGGACCCGGGGCAGCUGGAAAAGAAGGCAAAAGGAAAGCUCCAGAAGCAGAUCUGCCAGGUGGUUCUGGAUCACUUCGACAAGCAGUACUCGGCAGAACUGGGAGAUGCAUGGAGCAGUGUCAGAGACGUGCUGACCUCGCCGUGGUGCUGGCAGCACGCCGUGCUGCUGAACAGGUUCAGCCAGAGCCCUGGCCUGGAGAGCAGCCUUGCUGAGCAGGGAUUCCAUCCUGUCUUCCCAGCAGCCCUGCCCUACCUUCCUCCAGCCUUCAGGUGUUACAGCAGGACAGCUCCUGGCAGAUUCCCUGCACAGAAACACCAGCCUGGCAGGCUGAAGGGGUAUUACCUGCUCAAUGCUGCCUCGCUGCUGCCCGUGCUGGCCUUGGAGGUGAAGGAUGGGGAAGAUGUUCUGGAUCUCUGUGCUGCACCAGGGGGCAAAUCUGUAGCUGUCCUGCAGUGUGCCUGUCCAGGUCAUUUUCACUGUAAUGAAUAUGAUGGUUUGAGGUCAAGAUGGUUGGAGCAGACAAUAGAAUCCUUUAUCCCAGAUCCUUUAAUUAACUUGAUAACAGUCUCUAAACUAGAUGGUAGACAGAUUGGAGAUCUUCAUCCUGAAUUUUAUGACAAGGUCCUGGUUGAUGCUCCUUGUUCAAAUGACAGAAGCUGGCUCUUCUCUGCUGACCCUCAGCAAGCUGUGCUCAGGCUCAUGCAAAGGAAGGAGUUGUCCUCCCUGCAAUUCCAGCUUCUAAGGUCUGCUGUUCAAGCCCUGCGUCCUGGUGGCUCCUUGGUCUAUUCCACGUGCACCCUCUCCAGGGCAGAAAACAGUGAUGUGAUCAAUCUCAUGCUGAACUCCUGCAGGAAUGUGAUGCCUGUGGAUCUAAGUGGGAUGGCCAGAGGUGUUUCCCAGGAAUUCACUUUUCUCAGUGGAAUGCAGCAGCAUGAGCUGCUGGUUCUCCCAGAGAAAGGGAGAGCGUGGGGUCCCAUGUACGUGGCUAAAUUAGAGAAAGUGUCCUCCACCUGACGCCUGUUGGUUGUUUAUGAGCAGUAUAUGAUAAAUUAAUACUGAUUUAAAUACAGUAUAUGUAUAUGAACAUAUCCAAGGCAACUGAAUUUAGAGUGUUGCAGUUUCCUGCAACAGCAGGAAGCAAGAGAUUUAACUUAUUUUAAUUUAAAAUGCUGAAUGUGCCUUCCAGUGCGGGCUUGUGAGCCUCUGAGAAGUCCUUAGGAAGUUUGUAUUGUUUUCAGGGUGGUGCUUUUAAAGGGAUUUGGAUUCUAGAAUACAGGCUUAAUGUGGUAGAGUUUUGCACUGUUUUUUGUUUUUUUUAUUUACUAACUUGCUUCUCAUGCAGCAUGUUUUUAAAUAAAUGGUUUUCAGUGGUCUGAA